UUGACAUUUGAUCUUUAAAUUUUAAGGCUCUUGAUGCUGAAGGAACGGAUAUGGAAAUUGAUUUGUCCAAUCUUGGAACUGUCAACACAAUGUUUGCAGCAUUGUUUAGCAAGUUGGGUGUUCCCAUCAAAACGACUGUCUCUGCUAAUGUUCUUGAAGAAGCUUUGAAUGGAACUGUCACAAUUCGUCCUCUUCCAAUUGGGACAUCACUUAGCGGAAAGGUUGAAAAGCAAAGUGCCCAUUUUUUUGGUGUAACGAUUAGCAGUGAACAAGCGGAGGCAGGGCUUGUAGUUAGAGUUACUUCAGCAGCUCAAAGCAAAUUUAAGCUGCUCUAUUUUGAACAAGAUGCAAAUGGGGGUUAUGGCCUGGCUUUGCAGGAAGAUAGUGAGAAAACGGGUAAAGUGACGUCAGCAGGAAUGUAUUUCUUGCACUUUCAGGUGUAUAGAAUGGAUUCAACUGUAAAUGCGUUAGCGAUGGCUAAGGACCCUGAAGCUGCUUUCUUUAAGAAGCUGGAGGGACUUCAACCUUGUGAGGUCUCAGAACUUAAAGCUGGCACUCACAUAUUCGCUGUUUAUGGAGAUAAUUUCUUCAAGCCUGCUACUUAUACAAUUGAGGCUCUCUGUGCCAAGUCAUAUGAGGAUACUACUCUGAAGCUCAAGGAUAUUGAGGCUCAUAUUUUGAGGAAACGAAAUGAGCUUCGGCAGUUUGAAGUAGAAUAUAGAAAGGCACUGGCACAUUUCCAGGAAGUGACCAACAGAUACAGCCAAGAGAAGCAGUCUGUCGAUGAGAUGCUGAAACAAAGAGACAGCAUCCACUCUUCGUUCACAGUUGCAAGGUCCGUUGCUAAUUUAAGUGGCAGUGGGAGUGGGCAUUUCAGUAACGGAAGUAGCAGUAAGGUCCUUGGUGAAGAUUAUAAAGCCGAUAGUCCAGGGGAAGAUGGCAGUUCAGAUUCCAAGGACAAGUCAUCAAAGAAAAGAUGGUUCAACCUUAACCUCAAAGGGUCUGAUAAAAAGAACUGAAACGUUGGAUGGUUAUUUAUGUUCUCUACCUACUUCCUGCGGAGUUUCGAGUUCUAGAAUUGCUGUCAAGGCCACAAGUGCAGGUAUAGUGCUACUGGAAGAAGUCUCCUCAUAUAUUCUUUGCUCUAUUUAUUGGUCGGUCUUGUGCUUCGCCAAGUGCUUUAUCUCUCUGAUGCAUGUUUGGUUUGAAAUAUAGGUUCUAUUUGUAAUUGUAUGCAUGAUUCUUGUGAUGUACCAUAAUCUCAACUAGGCUGAUCUUCACUUGUCAAUCCAUACAGAUUAUAGAUUCAGAGGUAUUGUAAUUUCCGCCAGCGAACACGUUCUAUUUUUCUUUUCUAUUUUGUCACUGUGAAAUUGUAAUGUUUCAGUGGUGGGUAUAUCUCAUUCUUACAGAAAAUUUGAAUGUUAUGGAAUUGGAUGUUGUGAUUCCCCAGUUCUUGUAAACUUACCUUUUCUCAAACGUAUGCAAGUUCUAUUUCAUCUGUCA